AUGAAGACUCAGUGGAAAGAUAUCCCCGCGGUGCCGACGAGCCAGGAGUUUCUGGAUAUUGUGCUGUCCCGAACAAUUCGAGCUUUUUACACCCGAAAAGUCAAGUACACCGCCGAAACCUUCACCGAGCGCCUCUCCACCACUAUCGAGGCCUUCCCUCGCCUUGCAGAUAUCCAUCCGUUCCAUCGUGAUCUGCUGAACACGCUCUACGAUGCGGAUCACUUCAGGAUUGCUCUUGGUCAGCUCUCCACAGCAAAGUCGCUGAUCGAGACAGUCGCCCGUGAUUACGUGCGUCUGCUCAAGUAUGGACAGUCUCUGUUCCAGUGCAAGCAGCUGAAGAGGGCUGCGCUUGGUCGCAUGGCCACUAUCUGCAAAAGGUUGAAAGACCCGCUUGUCUACCUUGAGCAGGUCAGGCAACAUUUGGGUCGUCUGCCCUCCAUCGACCCCAACACCCGCACAUUGGUCAUUGCUGGCUUCCCCAAUGUGGGCAAGUCGUCUUUCCUCAAGUCCAUCUCCCGCGCAGAUGUUGAGGUGCAGCCAUAUGCGUUCACAACCAAGAGUUUGUACGUCGGACAUUUCGACUACAAGAUGCUGCGAUUCCAGGCAGUCGACACUCCCGGUAUUCUCGACCACGCUCUCGAGGAGAUGAACACCAUUGAGCAUCAGUCUAUCUGUGCUAUUGCUCAUCUUCGCGCCCACAUUCUGUACUUCAUGGACCUUAGCGAGCAGUGUGGUUACUCUGUCGCUUCUCAAAUCGCCCUCUUCAACAACAUCAAGCCUCUAUUCGCGAACAAGCUCAUCUCCAUCGUCAUCAACAAGAUCGACCUGAUGCGCCCGGAUCAGCUCGACGCAGAGACUCAGGAGCAACUUCAGGGUAUGCUCAAGUCUGGUGAGGUUGAGAUCCUCGAGUUGUCCUGCAACACAAUGGAGGGCGUCAUGGCAGUUCGCAACUCUGUCUGCGACCGCCUGAUCGCAGCCCGUAAUGCCGAGAAGCUCAAGGCUGGCACCAGCAGCUCUGGCGAGCCUACUGGCCGUCUGGGCGAUCUCCUCCGCAGGAUCCACGUCGCUGUACCUCUGGGCGGUGUCACUCGUGAGACUUCCAUCCCGGAGGCAGUCUUGAACAGGAAGAAGUACGACAAGGACGAUCCCGACCGACCAAUGUUGGAGCGCGAUCUGGAAGAGCAAGAAGGUGGUGCGGGUGUGUACAACAUCGACUUGCGCAAGAACUAUCUGCUCGAGAACGACGAGUGGAAGCAUGACCGCAUUCCUGAGGUGUUCAAGGGCCAGAACGUCUACGACUUUAUUGACCCAGAGAUCGAGGAGAAGCUCGCAGCACUCGAGGCUGAAGAGGAGAAGCUCGAGGCGGAGGGCUUCUAUGAGUCAGAGGAGGAACUGGAGGACGCUGAGGAGGCGGACAUCCGUUACAAGGCGGAGUUGAUCCGUGAGAAGAGGCAGCUCAUCCGCAACGAAGCUAAGAUGCGCAAGAGUCUGAAGAACAGGGCUGUCAUUCCCAGGUCCGCAAAGGCAGUCAAGUCGUCACAGAUGGAGUCCCACCUGCAAAGUCUUGGUUACGACACCUCCAAGGUGGCCGAGAGGGCGCAGAGCCAGAACCGUGGACGUAGUCUGGUUCGCAACGAUGCUAUGGAUAUUGACAGGCCUUUGACCGCAUCUGAGCGGGCGAAGAGCCGUGGCCGAAGCGCAAGCACCAACAGGAGGAACGAUGGUAUCACGAAUGAGGCCGCUGCUACCAAGGCCGAGAAGCUGCAGAAGCUGUCGCAGAAGAAGAUGAACAGGAUGGCCAGACAAGGUGAAGCCGACAGGCAUUCGACUGGUUCUUUGAUCAAGCAUUUGACGGCAGGAAAACGUGGUAUUGGAAAGACCAACAGCAGAUAAGCAAAGGUCUAGUAAUGUCUCUCUGUUCAACUCUUCAUCGCUUGGUGUUGCAGGCAAAAGAAUCAUGGAUGGCGUUUUAAGGUGCAUUAGAUACCAGAUCGCAGCCUGUUUGCGAUCAAGGCAAUCAAGAUCAUAUUCUCUAA